AAAAAUCGCGCUGGGUGUGUAAGUGUUUUUAUUUUAAAAUGUCGAAGAUUAAUAUAGAAGACUAAUCUAAAUUUCGUUGUGGAGUCUAUAAAAAACUGCAUAGUGCGAAUUACUAUAACGUGAUUAAGUGCUGAAAAAAGUGGCGGCGGAUCACAUGACAAAUAAGAUCAAUGACUCCAGUGGUGGUUGACAGGAAGGGAACUCGGGAGUCGGGACUUCGUUUCGUCGUCUACUCUCUCAUUUAUCCGCGGCUGUUAGAAAGUACAGUCUGUGGCAGGAACUGUUGCCUAGUGUAGUGACAAUGGGAGUGAAUAUAGUGCAGUGUUUUGAAUGUGACAUGACAACAAUAUGAUGGAGACCGAGCUACCACCCGGCAGCUGCAAUUCAACUGGUCACCUGUCCACUAUUGGAUGGAAUAUACCAGGUCGCAUGCACCACUCGGCGAGCACGCCGGCGGGCGUCGACGGCGGCGCUCGCACGCCUCCCGCCACGCCCAAGAAAGGCGGCAAGAUGCUCGCCGUGCGUGUGCAGAUGCUGGACGACUCCAUAUCCAUGUUCCAGAUACAGUCAAAAGCACUUGGACGAGUGUUGUUCGAUCAAGUCUGUCGACAGCUACACCUCCUAGAAGCAGAUUAUUUCGGACUCGAGUAUCAGGAUGCGAACGGAACUAAGUACUGGUUGGACGUCGAAAAGCCAAUGUGCCGCCAAGUUGGUCUAUCGAUGUUGGAGCCAACAUUAAGGUUUUGCGUUAAGUUCUACACACCGGAUCCUGCGAGACUUGAAGAGGAAUUCACACGGUAUCUCUUCUGUUUGCAAGUGAAACGAGACCUCGCACAGGGUUGUAUACAAUGCAACGAAAACACAGCAGCGUUGAUGGCCAGCUACAUCGUACAAGCCGAGUGUGGCGACUUCGUACCGGAAGACUACCCGGACCACACCUAUCUUAGCGGCUACAAGUUCUUUCCCGGGCAAGAUUCAGAAUCCGAGAGGCGGAUAAUGGAGAAUCACAAGAAACACAUCGGCCAAAGCCCUGCGGAGGCGGAUUUGAAUUUAUUAGAAACAGCGCGAAGAUGCGAAUUAUACGGUAUAAAAGUACACGCAGCAAAGGAUCACGAGGGCGUACCGCUGAAUCUCGCAGUUGCACACAUGGGAAUCGCAGUGUUCCAACACUUCACUAAGAUCAACACCUUCAGCUGGGCCAAGAUCAGGAAAAUAUCAUUUAAGAGAAAACGAUUUCUUAUCAAACUACAUCCGGAGGGAUAUGGUUACUAUCGCGAUGUUGUGGAGUUUUUCUUCGAAAGUCGUAACGAAUGCAAGAAUUUUUGGAAAAAAUGUGUCGAGAAUCAUGGCUUCUUUCGUUGCUCGAGCGUACCUCGCUUGCCCAGACAUAAGACUAGAGUUAUGUCUAGAGGGUCUUCCUUCAGGUAUAGUGGAAAAACACAGAAGCAGAUUGUUGAGUUCGUAAGAGACAACUACGUUAAGCGACAGACAUUCCAAAGGUCGGGCUCGUUCCGCACGUCGCGCUCGGCGGGCUCGUCGCGCGGCAACGUGUCCGCGCCCGCGCUCAACGCCAGCGUGUCCGCGCACCCGCUGCUGCCGCUGCCGCCCGGCUCCGACGCGAUUUCCCUGGAGUGGGACAAGCAACCUCACUACCUGGAGGCCUCUCUGAUGAUGAAGGGCUACUCGGCGGAGGAGGCGCGUGCGGCGGCGCGCCGCGCAACCGCUCGCCCACCCCCACCAGCUACCGCCUUCGCCUCCACGAGGGACAAGCUAUCAAAACUGUACUGCAAUCAAAUACAAGCGGGUCCAGAAGUAGUGACCCAUGCCGAGGUCAAUCAUCAUCCUAUGGAGGAUUCGCUUCCGCCUCAUCAGAUGACGACACCGUUGACAUCUCCGGAGAGUACGUGGAUAACGGAUGCGGAGGACAGUGGGCGCGCGCGCGCUCCCACUCCGCCGCCUCGUGGGCCGCGCCCGCACACGCCAGAUGUGAGCCUCCAAGAAGACGACCCCACGGUGUCGUCGGCGAGCCUGUGCGUGUCGCCGUCGGCCAGCGCGGCGGGUCCGCUCGGCGCCUCCACGCCGCUCGACCGGCGCGCCGACACCAACGGGUACCGCGAGCGACACGAGCGCCUCGACAACCGCAGGGACUGCGACACCGUCAACGGGAACGUACACGUUAAUAUAGUGUCGGCGUCGACUCAUAAUAUGGAUGUCCUGAGCGGCGGAGAGAGCGACGCGGGCGACACGUUGUCGAGACGGAACAAUAAUAGCAUAUCAUCGGGCGUAGCGGGAACAGGCGAGACGACGAAGCGACGCGGAGACAUCACGUACUACGUCGCCAAGGAACUGCUUAUGACAGAACGCACGUACAAGCGUGAUCUCGAACUCGUCACCGUCACGUGGUCGAAGCGCGUGGGCUCGCUGGGCCGCGCGUCGGGCGGCGCGGAGGCGGCGGCGCUGGCGCGCGCGUGCCUGGCGCUGGAGCCGCUGGCGCUGCCGGCCGGCGCGCUGCUCGCCCGCCUCGACCGCGCGCUGUCCUCCGCCUCGCCCGCCGCCGCCUCGCCCGCCUCGCCCGCCUCGCCCGCCUCGCCCGCCUCGCCCGACGCCGAAGAUAACGAAGAACCUGAGUAUAAAAAAGUAGCGGAUUUACUACACGAUUAUUUAUCAAGUACAUAUGACGCGUACGCGGCGUACACGGAGCAGGCGGGCGCGGCGGUGGCGCUGGUGGAGAGCGCGCGGCGGCGCGGCGGGGAGGGCGCGCGCCACGCCGCCGCCUUCGACCGCGCCGCGCCGCUGCCGCUCGCCUGCCUGCUGCUGCGCCCGCUGCACCGCCUGCACCACUACGAGCGCCUCGCGCACGAGCUAUGGACGGCGACGGGCAGCUCGUCGGCCCUCGCGGCGCUGGAGCUGGCUCGCAGUGCGUCGGGCGCGGCCGAAGAGCAGCUGCGCCACGUGGAGAACCAUGCUGCGCUUUGUCAGCUGCAGCGAGACCUCUUGGGGUACGAUAAGCUGUUGGUCGCCGACCGGGAAUUUAUAAGAUUGGGUUGCGUCUACACGCACACUUCCAAAGGAUUACAACAAAGAAUGCUAUUCUUGUUUAACGACAUCCUCAUUCUGGCGUCUAAGUGUUCGAGCGGCCAGUUUCGCGCUCACUCGGUACUGCCGUUGGACCAGCUGAGCAUCGAACCUACCGAGCUACCCCACUCAUUUGUGAUCAAGGGCGAGGACAGUCGGCUGACGCUGAGCGCCAGCGGCGAGGCGGAGUUCCGCGGCUGGCGCGCGGCGCUGGGUGGCGCCGGGCGGGCGGCGCGCGCGCGGCCCGGCGCCGCCGACCUGCAGCUCUCGCACUCGCUGCACGACUACGAGGAGGCGGAGGGCGCGGGGGCGAGCGGCGCGGGCAGCGCGCUGGCGCACGUGUGCUGGCACCGCGCCGCCUCGCUGCGCCGCGACCAGCUGCAUCGCGCCAUGCGGAGCCAGCUAUCCGGAUAUUUGUUGCGCAAGUUCAAGAAUUCUCACGGCUGGCAGAAACUGUGGGUGGUGUUCGCGAUGUUCACGUUGUUUUUCUACAAGACCUGCCGCGACACCGCGCCGCUUGCGUCGCUGCCGCUUCUAGGAUACACCGUCGGCGCGCCGUCUCCGGGUGAUGGAAUCGAUAAAGAAUUCGUGUUUAAACUGCAGUUCAAAAAUCACGUUUACUUCUUCCGCGCGGACAGUCACUUCACAUACAAUAGGUGGAUAGAAGUCUUACAAACGCCUAUGGUUUCAGAAGACAAUUAAAUCUACAAUAUUCCACCAACACCAAGUUUGUGAUAACAAAAUAAAAUGAAUCAUGGAAGGAUAUAUGUACCGUAAAUUAAAUAAAACAAAAUACCAUUACAAUUGGUGCCAUAAAGUUUAUAGAAUUGUUUGUAAAAAUAUACACGAACUUUAAUGUCAAAAGUGAUGUUAAUAUAAGUUCUUGCCUAUAUUUAUUUUCGAAUAGAACUAAACUACCAAUGUAUUAUAUGUUUCUCUAUACUGCGUAUAAUAAUUCGUACCAUAAAAGUAGCAUAUUGCGCGCUCCUUUUCACGUAUGAUAUAUCACUACGCCUGCCAUAAAGCCCGUUAGUGCGAGGGAGCGCGCAACAUGCACUGCUUUAAUGACAACAUGCCACGAAAUAUUGUACAUAGUGUUAAGCGUUUCGUUAAUCGGUGUUAAGUUUGAGACGUCAGUACAUAUGGUAAGUUUAAAAUAAAAAGACAAAUCGAAUACGACGAUGACUUGUUGCGACUGUCGCACAAAGAGUGUCACUUGUCCUUGAAAAGGGUAAGCAAGAAAUAUAAAUAAAUUACAAAUUAUACAUAGUGUCAUUAUCAUUAGAAUAUUCAAUGCGUAUAAGCGAAUGAACUUGUGCAGAAUGCGAGGGAGAUGCAACAAGAGAGAGAGAGAGAGAGUGAGAGAGCACUAUAUAUUUAAAUAAAUGAAUGACUAGCUCAUAUGAUUAUUUAUAUUAAUAUUUGUACAAAUUAUGCAAAGACAACAUACACUUUCAGUCAAAAAAUUAUAUAAGAAGAGUGGGAGGGAGAGAAAAUAGAAAUAUACUUAUAAAAUAUAAUAAACAUUUGUAUCAAAGAUAGAAUCCAUCAUAAUAACUUAUUAGUUAAUACAUUAAGUAUUUAUUUCCUAAUAACUUAAA